AUGAUACUCCGGCCAACCCCCUCAAUUUCCCGCUCGCUCAAAAUACAGAUUCCGCGCGUACCCCAUCGCGGCUUCCUCGGCGCCUCCUCCACCCGUUCGAACCAAAACCGCAUCUUCGACAAUGUCCGCACACCAAAUGACCUGCAUACCCUCACACUUCUCUCAGCCGCCAGCAACCGGCCCCUGAUAACGCUGUGGAGUGCAAGUUGGUGCUCCACUUGCCAGACUAUCAAGCCGCUAGUCAAGGGGAUGAUCGAGGAUGAGCGCGUUGGGGAAGAAGAGGGAGGGCUGGGAUUCGCCGAAGUCGAGUUGGAUAGUACGUUGAUUGGGGAUUUGGGAGUGAAAUAUAUGGUAGGUGGGAUUAAUCUGAGGUUGCAGAUUCUAGAAGACGCUGAUUGGGGCAUGCAGAUAACGUCAAUGCCUACGUUGCUGGCGUUUAGUAGGCAAGAAGCGCAGUUUGACACGAGGCUUACGAGGCCGGAGGAGAUGAAGAAUAAAGAGCGGUUAAGGGAAUGGCUGUUGAACGAGGCGAGAAGAGGAGGACGUACUGGUGGGGAGGAGGGGGCUGUUUGGGGGAAUAUUUGGGAGCGGUUUGCAGGUUUCGUGUUAUACUUGAUCUGGCGCGAACUCUCCUACCUGAUCAAGCUGCGGCAAGCGUACUUGCUCUCAGCAUGGAGUUCGUCACGCAUCUCUUCCCGCACUGUACUUUUCACGAACGUGCCGGAAGAAUACCUCACGCACCAGCGUUUGCAUCGCAUGUUCAGUGGCGUGUCGCAGGUCUGGCUAGUAUCCGAUUUCGCAGAUCUUGAAGAACAGGUCGACGAUAUGAACAAGACGGCGCUAAAGCUUGAAGGUGGAGAAAUGAAACUGAUACAGAAGGCUGUCAAAGCGGCUAUGAAGGGCAAGAAGGGAAGCGGUGCAGAUGGCCAGACAACGCAGCCUAAGCCAACAUCAUGGAAUGAGUUUCUUGCAUCGAAGGACAGACCAACACAUCGGCUGAAAUUUCUCAUCGGGAAAAAGGUUGAUACGAUCGACUACGGGAAGGACCACUUGAGAGAACUAUUGCCGGAGGUGCAAGCAAGCCAGCGAUCUCAUAUCGCCGGCAAAGAAAAGCUUCUCAAUGCAGUCUUUAUCGAAUUCGAGACUAUGGCUGCAGCGCAGACAGCAAGCGCUAUCAUCAUCCACGACAAGCCUGCUACUUUUGUUGCCCGCCAGACUGGCAUCUUACCCGGCGAAGUUAUAUGGAAGAAUCUGAAGAUGAAUUCUUGGGACCGAUCGCUGCGACGGGGCCUUGCCACCGCUUUCAUCUUCGCGAUGAUUCUGUUCUGGAGCUUACCCGUAGCUGUUGUGGGUAUCAUCAGCAACGUGAACUAUUUAACAGCGAACGUGGCAUUCCUUCGAUGGAUCGACGAUAUUCCGCAAGUGAUUCUGGGAGUAGUGACUGGACUCUUACCAUCUGUACUCCUCGCCGUACUGAUGUCACUCGUCCCAAUCAUCUGUCGCCUCGUGGCAAAACUCGCGGGCGCAAUAACGCUCUCUGAAGUUGAGCAACAAACCCAAUCGUGGUACUUCGCCUUCCAGGUCAUCCAAGUCUUCCUCAUUACGACCUUCACUUCGGGUGCCACAGCAGUAGCUUCGCAAAUUGUUUCCAACCCUACCUCAGCCGUGUCACUGCUCGCCAAGAACCUUCCCAAAGCGAGCAACUUCUACAUCUCAUACUUCGUCCUGUUUGGCACUGCCCAAGCGGCCAAAUACCUCAUCAAUAUCGGAGGCCUAGUUGGCAUUUUCAUCCUGAGUAAAUUCGCUAGCACGCCUAGGAAGAAGUACAACAAGUGGAUGGCACUCACGGCCCCAUCAUGGGGUUCAGAGUAUCCCGUAUGGACGAAUCUGGGCGUAAUCGCCAUUUCGUACGCAAUCAUUGCGCCGCUCGUAUUGGGCUUUUCGACGGUUGGUUUGGCAUUGAUAUACAUCGCGUACAAGUACAACAUGCUCUAUGUCUUCACCACCGACGUCGAUACGAAGGGCGCCUGCUAUGCGCGAGCCAUGCAGCAACUCAUGGUCGGAGUCUACCUCGCCGAAUUCUGCCUCCUUGGCCUCUUCGCCAUCAAUAUCGGCAAUAGCGCCGUUGCAGUCGGCCCACUCAUUCUUCAGAUCAUUCUCAUCAUCGUGACAAUCAUUGUUCACAUCGCCAUGAGGAAGAAGCUUUACCCGCUUGUCGCCACACUCCCAUUGAACUUUCUCGAAGAAUCAGACAAUCGACACAGACGAGCUGGUAUCGGUAAGAGCGUCAGCGACGAGGGAACGGCUAGAAAUGACAGCAACGAUAUGCACCCAGGCUACGAGGACGAGAUCAUUACUAGCGGUCCUGAAGGCACCGGCCUCGUCUCCGGCGCAGCGGCAAACUUCGGAAACGCGUACAAGACUAAGACUGAGACUGAUGACAUAGCAAACGGUGCGGGGCGACCCCAGAAGCGCUCGCUCUUUCAGCGUCUCGUCAAACCGCAAUCGCAGUCUGCGGCAGAGAUGUCGGCAUCACUGAACGCGCGGUUUAGGGAGCCAAUCCAGCCGUAUGAUGUGCAGGAAGCUAGGAAGGCGUACCUGCAUCCGGCGAUUGUUGAGGAGCCGCCUGUCAUUUGGCUCGCGAGGGACCCACUGGGUGUCAGUAUGAAGGAGGUCGGCGAGCUCAAGGAGAAGCUCACGGAACAUGGGGUAGAAGUUACUGAUGAAGGUGCGAUCGUGAAUCAAAAGGGGAAGGUAGAAUGGGUGGAGGAAAGUGCGAGUCAGGCACCGUUGUGGGAGGGACGAGUCACUUAUUGA